AUGCCGGCCGCCGAUGAUCCCAACACCACGCCCUCUGCGACCAAGGCUAGCAGCUCGAUGGAAGAGGAGCUCUCAUACUAUAAAUCGCAGUAUGAGCAAUUGGAAGUCGAACUCGCCGAUUUUCAAACCUCUAGCCGGGAACUGGAAGCGGAGUUGGAAAAGGACAUUGAAGCAUCUGAGAAACGGGAACGGCACCUGAAGGAAAAGUCGGAGAGCUUGAGAUACGAAGUCGAUGAAUGGAAGGCCAAGUACAAGCAAGCAAAAACCGAAGCGAACUCGGCGCAAAACACUUUACAAAAAGAGGUCACUACUCUACGGGAAAAUAACCGUUCCUUGCAGCUCAAGCUUCGAGAUAUUGAAGUGGCCAAUGAUGAUUAUGAACGUCAGGCUCGGAAUACGACCUCGUCCCUGGAGGACCUGGAAUCUAAAUACAACGUUGCUAUUGAGCGCGGGGUCCUCUUAGAUGAAGAGGUAAAGAAUGGAGAACAAGAAAGAGAAGGACUGCGCAUCGACGUCCAGCGUCUGCGAGAUGAACUGUCAGACAUGAAGAUCGAGGCAGAUAUUGUCAAUAACAAACUGCGCAAAGCCGAGAGCGAGCUUAGCCAGCGCCGCAAGCCUGCCUAUUUGAGUUCGUCAUCUGUUGCCAACACACAGAACAGCGAAGGCACUCAACAUUCGCCAGUAACGACUUCCUCUUCGCCAACAAUGACAACGCCUCCUGCCAAAUCUGUUUCGUCGGCCACUUCUGAGGCCUUGACCCCUCCAUCGCCUACCGCUUCAGAAUCUUCGGUUGGAGUUCGCAAGCCAGGUACCGAAGGCGGCGCUUCCCGCGCACGUAUGUCCAUUUCGAGUAGUGUGUCUCGUCCAAACUAUGGUAGACAUACUCGGACUCCUUCCAUUCCUUACGCCAAUGGUCUUUCUACUCCAUCCAUGACAAAUCUCCGCAGUGCACCGCGACUCAGCUCUUCUCAAUCUGGCAUUCCUCGAUCGGGUUCGCUGUAUCAAAUUCGGGGACUUAUUGGAAAGAUGCAAAAGCUCGAGCAGCGCGUUCACUCUGCCCGUUCGAGACUUCCAGCUCCAUCAGAAACUCCAAACGGUGCAUCGCCUCGCACGCCGUCGGCAUUAGGCCAGAGCUCAAUACCAUCAUCGGUUACAGUGCGCAAGAGCUCUCGCAAACGAACAAGCACCAGCAGUGUCGGCUCCUCCGCCUUGGAUGGCGACAAUACAACUUCGUCUUCCUUCAUCCCCCAUAGCCGACAGUCUUUUGGACGGUCGGUUGAUAGCCGACCAAGUAGCCGGACCAGUUACUCGAGCCGCAACUCGAUCGGGACAGGCAACUUUGGAAGCUCGAUCCCGGUGUCUCGACCCGAAAGUAGACAAAGCCUAAACCGGGCACGGACUCCUCUUGGACACUACUCAACCAAUCCCACGACGGAAAGUCGUCGACCACGGUCAUCGUUGAGCUCAUAUUCUCAAAGCCAUGGCCCAGCCAAGAGCAUGACGUUUAUAGAAGAAGAUAGCGACAUCACUACUCCAACACCUCGCCGAGGUAGUACAUUUGACAGCGAUGCUGCCUUUCGGUCGUCUAUCCCUGGUCCCGGUGGCCUGAAAAAACGACCUAGCGGAAGUAUUGGAUACGGCGGUAUCCCGGGGUCCCGACGAACCAACGCGGCGGGCGAAAUCAAGAAACUUGAUUUCAGAUCGAGCCAAGGGCCUAGAAGGAAACCAAGCGACCUUGGAGAGACGUUUUGA